GGAGCUACAGGGCGGGGCGCGGAGACCCAGCACAACCCAGCAAACCGGUCGGGUCCCCAGAGCACACGCAGCAGUCGGAGGCCGGGACGCGCCCUCGCGAGCGGCGUAGGUCCCAGCAGCUGGGGUUCCCCCUCAGCCCUUGAGUUGCCAUGUCCAACCCCACCGCCCCGCCUCCGUAUGAGGACCGCAACCCCCUCUACCCUGGCCCUCCGCCCCCUGGGGGGUAUGGGCAGCCAUCUGUGCUGCCAGGUGGGUACCCCGCCUACCCUGCCUACCCACAGCCUGGCUACGGUCACCCUGCUGGCUACCCACAGCCUAUGCCCCCCAUCCACCCGAUGCCCAUGAACUAUGGCCCAGGCCAGGGCUAUGAUGGGGAGGAGAGAGCAGGGAGUGACAACUUUGGGCCUGGAGAGUGGGAUGACCGGAAAGUCCGACAUGCCUUCAUCCGAAAGGUUUAUAGCAUCAUCUCUGUCCAGCUGCUCGUCACAGUGGCCAUCAUCACCAUCUUCACCUUCGUGGAGCCUGUCGGGCAAUUUGUGAGGAGAAACGUGGCCGUGUACUACGUGUCCUAUGUUGUCUUCAUCGUCACCUACCUGAUCCUUGCCUGCUGCCAGGGACCCAGACGCCGGUUCCCAUGGAACAUCAUCCUGCUGAGCAUCUUUACCCUGGCCAUGGGCUUCAUGACGGGCACCAUCUCCAGUAUGUACCAAACCAAAGCCGUCAUCAUCGCAAUGAUUAUCACUGCUGUGGUGUCCAUUUCUGUCACCAUCUUCUGCUUUCAGACCAAGGUGGACUUCACUUCCUGUGCAGGCCUCUUCUGUGUCCUGGGAAUUGUGCUGAUGGUGACUGGGAUUGUCACUAGCAUUGUGCUGUACUUCAAAUACAUUUACUGGCUUCACAUGGUCUAUGCUGCUAUUGGGGCUAUUUGUUUUACUCUGUUCCUGGCUUACGACACACAGCUGGUCCUAGGGAACCGGAAGCACACUAUCAGUCCUGAGGACUACAUCACAGGUGCCCUGCAGAUCUACACAGACAUUGUCUACAUCUUCACCUUUGUGCUGCAGCUGGUGGGGGAUCGCAACUGAGGAGCACCCCUGUUCCACCCACCUUGGCUGUCCCUUCUCUAGAGGGCUGGGCCUGACACCUGUUUUCUUCCCCUUAAGUAAUAUGCCCAGUUUCCUUUAGCCAUGAGGAUGGGUGGCCUCUCGUGGUGGUAUGGGAACCUGCUGGACUGGAGGAGCAGAGAACUCUUGCCAUUGGUGGGCCUGACAGGGAUUAGCCUGAAGAUGUAUCUUCUCCCCUCUACCCAUGGCAUGGCACCAAAGUCUUGUGGUGUAGUGUGUGAAAGGAGCCUGGUCUUUAGCUGAAAUGGCAGAAGGGCUCUGACGUGACACACUUCCCUUCCGAGCUUGCCACAGGCUUCUAGGCUAGGGAGCUGGAGCUGUUUCCCUCCUGAACCCAACCAACAGAGCCAGACGGCUUGUCCCCAGUUCCUGGACUCAGAGGCCAUUAUCCUAUAUUCCUUGGGCUUGGCACCCUCUACCCAGGAAGGUAGAAGAGGUCUCCCCACUCCAACCCCAUCUGUUUCAGUAACAUAUAUAUGUUGUUUAUCUGGCUAUGGGUUGGCGGGAAGAAUGAGCACAUAAGGUACAGGGGCCAGCAGAGCAUCUGCCCUGGGUUUCCUGCAGGCUUGGGUGGUACAGAGUAGGCUACUGGAGCUUCCUGGCCUGUUCUCCAAAGCUCCCUGUGGUCUCCCAAGGGGCUUCUGAUUGCUGGUCAGCAGCUCUUGCUUUCUCUGCUUAGGUGCUCAGAGCAGAAAGUCAGGGGCAAUGGUUGGGAAAUGGGGUGUUUUGUAGGCUUGUGAGUGUCGUGGGAAGGAGCAAGGUUGAGAUGGGGGCUGGGGCACAGAAAAAGCCUUAAGGUCCCCCAAGUGAUCUGAGAAGUACUGAAGUCCAAUAAAACUUCUCUGUCCUUCUGGCAGCCCAGGAAGGGCCCUAUGCAGAAGGUGACUGACUGAGUCUGGUCUGAACCCAAAGCUGGGAGAUUUUUCAACUCCAGCCCCAUCUCUCCAGCCUUCUUUGUAAUACAAGUGCCUCACACUGGAGUCGGGGAGGGGACAGGGUCAGUGUAUUGAACGUGGGUGGAAACUACAUCAGCCCAAGGCGUAACUAUGACUUCUCUAUUGAGUACUUGACCCUAAAUAUAUCACACAAAGGGACACAACUAGUAAUGUAAUAAAGUUUUAUGUUUAGAAGUUCAAA